UGCUUGGCUGUCUGGAUGCUCUCCGAGCUGGGGUCGUGAGGUACUGAGGAGGAUAAGGAACACCCGUGUCCGGCCCUGCCUGGGGUGUUUCUUCAAUGGAGAAGUUGGUGAGUGUGGAGGAGGCUGAAAGGAGGAAGAGAAGCAGCAGCUGAGGAGACAGGUUUAAGCUGGUUGGAGGAGACGCGGAGAGCAGGCAGGGGUCUGCGCACCCACCAGAGAAGCAGCAGGCGCAGUGCCUCUGACCAGCAUCCUCUAUAAAGGUUAAGAAGGCUCUUUUAUUCUGCAGUCUGGACACACUCUGAACCCCAUCUCCAGGAUGCUGUAUGUACACAAUGGUUAUUAGGCAAUCCAUAUAUCAGGAGAAGGGACACCCUCCCAUAAGCUUCUCAUCAUUAAGUGUCUUUGGUCUUCAUAGUAUAUGGAUUGACCACUUGAUACCCUGUAUUUACUAACUGAUCUGUGAUAGAAUCCUUGAAUGGCUUGUAACUUAAAUCUCCUCCGUGGUGCAUCAAGUAAAUCAGAACUUCUAAGACAGGCUGAUCCCUGUGACCUAAUGAAUCCUUUGUAAAAAGUGGACUCAGCUAGGAUGUUACACCACCAUUGUCGAAGGAACCCUGAACUCCAGGAAGAAUUGCAGAUUCAGGCUGCAGUGGCUGCUGGGGAUGUUCACACAGUACGAAAGAUGUUAGAACAAGGCUAUUCUCCAAAUGGCCGAGAUGCUAAUGGCUGGACCCUGCUUCAUUUCUCUGCAGCAAGAGGAAAGGAAAGAUGUGUUCGAGUAUUUCUAGAACAUGGAGCUGAUCCCACAGUUAAGGACUUAAUCGGAGGCUUCACUGCUCUUCAUUACGCAGCCAUGCAUGGCCGGGCUUGGAUUGCACGUUUGAUGUUAGAAUCAGAAUACAGGAGCGACAUUAUUAAUGCAAAAAGCAGUGAUGGCUGGACUCCCCUACAUGUGGCUGCUCACUACGGUAGGGACUCAUUUGUCCGACUCCUCCUGGAGUUCAAGGCCGAGGUCGACCCGCUCAGUGAUAAAGGUACCACGCCGCUUCAGCUCGCCAUUAUCCGAGAGAGGUCAAGCUGUGUGAAAAUCCUCCUGGAUCACAACGCCAACAUUGACAUCCAGAACGGCUUCCUGUUGCGAUACGCUGUGAUCAAAAGCAAUCACUCUUAUUGCCGAAUGUUCCUUCAGAGAGGGGCAGACACAAACUUGGGUCGCUUAGAAGACGGACAGACUCCUUUACACUUGUCUGCCCUUAGGGACGAUGUGCUUUGUGCACGGAUGUUGUACAAUUACGGAGCAGACACGAACACAAGGAACUAUGAAGGACAGACCCCACUGGCUGUUUCAAUAAGUAUUUCUGGAAGUAGUCGACCAUGUUUGGAUUUCUUACAAGAAGUCACAAGACAGCCCAGAAACUUGCAGGACCUGUGCCGAAUUAAAAUUCGACAAUGUAUAGGCCUUCAAAACCUAAAGCUACUUGAUGAGCUCCCAAUUGCCAAGGUCAUGAAAGACUACUUAAAACACAAAUUUGAUGAUAUCUGAGAUACCAGAACUGUGAGCGAGAUUAGAAGUUAUAUUCCAGAUACUUAAAAGGCUUUUUGCCUUGCACAAAGUAUAUCCUAUGCAAUUUCUGAUUUGCUGUGAAGUCAGAAAGCAGGUAUACACUUUUAGGUUUUUGUUUGUUUGUUUGGUUUUCAUUGUAGGGGAGGGAUUUUUUUAUAUAUAUGAACACACACACCACAUGCUUGAAGGUCUUAAUUUGGUUUCUUGGUCCAAGUUUAAGAGGUCCAAGCUUUCUAUACAAUAUUGCAUUUAGAAAUAUUGUUUUUCUAAAAUGACACAAGCAGGUUUGGAGUGGAGAAUUUACCCUUUCCAAAUGUAUGGUUUCAUUGGUGAGCACGGUAUUAUAAACCAGCAGAGCACUUGUUAAAGUUUGGAGGCACAGUUUCACCCAGGGGCGUCCUGGGUUAUACUGGAAAAUGCCCUAAGAAAUUUUUGAAGUAAUGCUGUCACCUCAUUCAUUUUUAAUGAGUACAAAUUGGCUGUUUUGAACUGUUCUUUUUCCUAAUUAAUGUAGCUUUUGGAUGACAUAAAUUCAGUACCUCUGCUUUCCUUUUGGUGUGCUCUUGUUUUUAACUUAUUUUUUUAACAACUGUAGUACACUACCCUGAGACAUUGUGUCUCAACUUUUGUCUGUAGUUGAAUUGUGCUUUCAAAAAAAUUAAUGGGAAAGAAAAUAACUUUAUAAAGCCAGUGUAUUCUGUUUUUAAAACAGUGCCUCCCGUGCAAUAUUCUUUCUGGUGUAUUUUAUCCAUUUUUUCACUUGCUGUUCAUCAUUCCACAGCUGGCUUUGACAUGCCCGUGAGAACAGGAGCCGCCACUUUAAUUUUCAUUGCAGAGUCGUAGUAUGUCAGUUGCAAUUUCCGUUUUAAGCUUUGUGUUUUACUUCACUUUAAGCAGAAAAUUUCUUAUUCUGGUGGUAAAAUAUUACCAAAAAAUAGCCUGAAAUGUUGUUAAACCAUUUGGCAUUAAUGGUUAAAUAAUUUGGGGUGAUUUCAUGGUAGUUUUUUUUUUUCUUCCUAGUUAAAAAAAAAAUAAAGGGUAAAAAUCUCUGAUGGGUGCACAUUUGUAAGUCUGGUUAAUUCCUAAUAUGCUAAUUCCUAAUAUAGAUAUUUCCUAUCUAUUUUAAGGUUAUACACAGUGAAGCUCUUCAGGAGAGUUAUUUUAUUUUCUGGGUUGAUUGGGCAUGCGUUUUGCAGUAUAAACAUGGAUAUGAUAAAGUGUCAAUAACAAUGGGAAAGAUUCCAGAGACAUUAGGCAUCUAUGGUGAAGCCCUCAGGAAUGUAUUCUGUGCUGGAUUUGUGGUCAUAUUAGUCUCAGAAGAACCUUUUCAAAUGUCCCAGUAUGUUUCUUAGUGCUUUGGGAAACUUCAAAAUAUUUACAUACUAUUAAUAAAUUUGUUAUCAGAAGUUUACAAGA